AUGACUACUCCUAAAGAUUUGAUUGAAAUGAGUCGUAAACUCGAGGCUAUAGUCGCCGACGACGGCAAACAAAAGUCGACUCAAGUGUUGGAAAUAAUAAAUGUUCUCAAAGUCCUUAAUAUCGACCCGUUUUUGAUACGAAACGCGACAAUCAUUCUUACGGUCAAUAAUCUGCGCAAAUCGAUGAACAACGAAGAAGUGGUGAAAGUGUCGAAGAAUUUGUUGCGCUCGUGGAAGAAGUCGGUAAUCGUUGAGAACAAUGCGCUCAAGAGUUAUAUAACGAAUGGUUCGCAUCCGAAAAACGAGACUCAGGAGGAAAAGGAGCGAAGACGUAGGGCUAAGACUCGGUUGGAGUCACUCUUGAAAAUGGGAACAAACAGUCAUCAAAUUCGUAUCAAAAGCCGAGAACUUCUCUUAAAAGCUCUUCUGUCUGGCGGUGACAUUGAAGAAGACAUCUUUAAGUUCGUGAGACUCGCCAUUGAAAUCGAAAAAUAUAUUUUCCAAGAGUUUCAGAAUACUGGUCACAAAUAUAAGGUUCGCGUCCGAAGUCGUGUCGCGAACUUAAGGGACGACCAAAACACAGAAUUAAAGGCCAAAGUAUUGGACGGAACCAUAAAAGAAGAGGAAAUCGCGAGAAUGAGUGUCGAAGACAUGGCCAGCGAUAGCCUCAAGCAAUUGCGACAACUGUGGGCCACUGACCCCCAAACCAUUGCCCUACUGAACGCACAACUCAUCGGCGGCUGA